UGCUUAAAUCUGAAAAAUGAACUAGUCUCAACCAACCUUAUAUAGUGCUUCUCAACUACUAAUAAACCGAACAACAAGAAAGGGCCGAAUCCCCUUUCCUAACCCGACCCCAACCCGAGCGGGUUUCUAACAGACUACAAGGAUCCUGACUUUGUUUUUGAUGAUUUUGGUCUUAUGCAUGUCACCGAGACUGGGAGCGGGUUUUCCAUUCGGUUUCCACGAGCUCAGAGACUGGCAACUGGUGUCGCAAACUGGUGAAUCGAAUUGUUGGUAGAUUAUUGAAGCAUGGGUAGAUGAGUGCUUGUGUAUAAAUCCUUGAACCCUCUUUGUUGUGUAGAAUCUCAUCAAUGCAAAGGCUUGAGAGGUUUUUAUGUCCAGCCAUUUUAAGAACAUGAAUUGCAGAUUAUCAGUUGUGUGCUUGUGGACGAGGAACCACUGGUCCUCUCUGCGCUUCUUGCUGCAGAAGGUCGUGCGUCGGGUCGGAGUAUGAGAUGUGAUAUUGAGUUCGAUCAGUUGCUUUGUAUGGGUAGCUUGCUGGAACUUUUGGCAAAAGCCAAUCGUUGGAGCGCACCAGCAGUUCUCUUCCUGCCACCUUCUUGCGGAACCUAGCAAAGUAUUUACUCUGCUGGCCUCAUUCUGCAGCUUUAGAUUGCGAGGAAGGCAUUCCUCUUAGGCUUAUCCAUUUGUUUAGGGAGUGCAACCAAGUUGGCAUCACGAACUGCAAGAAUCUAUGCAGCGAAGCGAAGCAGAUAAAAAAGGCACAAAGAGGGGACCUAUGAAUUCAGGCCGUUGGAUGAAACCCAAAACCAGUGCCAUGUCAUGGACCGUCGGAUAAUCAAAACCAGUGCAAUCCGGACCCCUUUCGAUAUUAUUAAGCCCAAAAUUCAAAAUGCAGUGAGAGAGAGGGAGGAGGAAACUCAAACAAGAAAGAAACAGACUCUGAAGAGCGCAAGGAAAACCAAAAAGCCCUGACCUCCUUCUCCCCUUUUUGUACUCUCACUGCCUCCCUCGCUUUCUUCCUGCGCCUCUACUCCACCAAUCUCUCUCUCUUUCUCUCUCGCGCAGCGGGUUGGGGCGGGGCCGGGCCGCGGCUUGCUCUCUUUCCUUGCCGGCGGCCGCCAGCCAGCCUUUUCGGAUCAAUUUCUGUGCGCUCUGCUGUUUCUUCUCUGAAAUUUGGCGCUCCGUCAUUCCGCCGGGAGAAGUCAGCUGUUGUUUGAGCUGAUUGGCGAUUUUUCCGGGGGCGGGGAGCGCGGGGAUCUGGAAGUUGCGGAAUUCGGGUCGGGUUUGUUGGAAUUUUAGGCGGGGGAAGAAGCGCGCGCGGGAUUAGCGUUUUUUUGGUUCCCUGGGUCGGAAUUCGAGGGGUAAUUUUUGUUAGUUUGGGGGGGAUGAGGGAGGGAGAAGGAGGCGAAUUCCCUCCAAAAAUGGCUCCGCAAUCGGAGGCGGCACAAUCCCCCGCGGAUUUCCCGGCGAAGACCCUUGCUAGGCAGCUCGAUUUCAGCGGCGGCGGUGGGCUUCUUCUUCCCCACCAUCCACAAUCGCUGACGCCGCAGCAACCACCGGUUGCUGCUCCGCCUCCGCCUCAGAAGCCGACGGUGGCUGUGCAGCAGCCGAUUGCGAAACCGCCGGUCUCUGUACCUGUCACUCAGAGCCAGCAGCCGCAUCUCGUUGCUGCGGCGACCGCCCCUGCUGUGCCUCAGCCGCCAACUCACCAGCAGCAGCAACAAGGUGUUCCAGCUGUGAAGGCUGUGAAACCUGACUCCCCAAAAUCAAGAGCAAGACCAGCUGCAGAGAAAGAUGGUACACCAAAGAAGCAGAAACAGUGUAACUGUAGGCACUCAAAGUGCUUGAAGCUGUACUGUGAGUGCUUUGCUUCUGGAACAUAUUGUGAUGGAUGCAAUUGUGUAAAUUGCUAUAAUAAUGUCGAGAAUGAAGCUGCCAGGCGAGAAGCAGUUGAAUCGACUUUGGAGCGUAAUCCAAAUGCAUUCAGGCCAAAAAUUGCAAGCAGCCCACAUCCACCACGAGAUAUCCGGGAGGAAAAUGGGGAAUUAGUAGUGCUGGGAAAGCACAACAAGGGUUGCCAUUGCAAAAAGUCGGAAUGCCUCAAGAAGUAUUGUGAAUGCUUCCAGGCAAACAUCCUCUGUUCUGAAAAUUGCAAGUGCAUAGACUGCAAGAAUUUCGAAGGAAGUAAGGAACUCCAGGCUCUCUUUCACAGUGACCAUGCCAACAACAUUAACAUGCAGCAGGCAAAUGCUGCUAUAACAGGAGCAAUUGGUACAUCUGGGUUUACAUCGCUUCCAGUGUCUAGAAAGAGAAAAGGCCAGGAACUAUUUUUUGGUCAAACAGGCAGGGAGCCUUCCUUUCACAGGCCAGGACAUACUCAGCAGGCUAACCAGAUCAGGGCUCCUGCAACCUCUUCAAACCACGUAGUUCGUGGUGGCAGCAUAGCACUGCAUACCCCUUCCAAAGUCACAUACAGGUCUUUGUUAGCGGACAUUAUUCAACCCCAGGACAUUAAAGCACUUUGUUCUGUAUUGGUGGUUUUAUCUGGAGAAGCUGCUAAAACACUUGCAGAGCAAAUAAUUGAGCUAGAAAAGCAGGUGGAAGUCCAGGCUGAAGCUUCUCUUGCAUCAUCAACUCAGGAAAAGCAGAACCAGAGAGAAACAGAUGCCGAGAAAAGUGUUGCUGAUGAUGGUUGCUCCAGUGCUAUCCCGGUUGACAACUCAGGUCCUGAUAAUGGUUCCACGUCAGACGAUGUGGAUGCUUCGAAAUUGAGGCCAAUGUCACCCGGAACUUUAGCACUAAUGUGUGAUGAGGAAGACACUAUGUUCAUGGCAGCUUCCUCACCAAAUGGCUUGACGGGCCAUGGUGGGAUCACAGCAUUGCAGUCACCUGACAACGGACAAGGCGUGACAACAGAAUCUUACGUGGAGCAGGAAAGAGUCGUAUUAACCAAGUUCCGAGAUUGUCUACAAAACCUCAUCAUGUUGGGAGAGGAGAAAGAAAUAGUGUGUUCAUCGGUAGCCAGAUCAGAGUCCAUUGAUCAGAGAUACAUGCUCAGCAAUGGCACAACAACAAUGACGAGUAAUCGAGCUGUGGAAGGAGGGAUUCAACAUGGCGGCGCUGGUGGGCCCUUCAGCAACGGGGCAGCUAAUAAUUUCAUCGCUCCACAGACAGCAGCCAGAGCACCUCAAUUGGUUAGUUCUGCGAUCGACACACCAUCGUCGAAUACAAUCGAUCCUCUGAAAAGUAGCAUACUCCCACAAAAUACUGAUGGAAAGCCUAAGUCAUGACAGACAUCCUGAAAAUUGUCCUCUGCACAAAAAUUUAUGGAUAUACAGACGACAGCGGUCCUGGUCUCAGUCCUCGACGAGGACUGCUUUUGGGCGAUGAUCAACUUGAUGUGCUGCCAAGAGAGCCUGAAGGCUAAGCAGGGUGCUGGUUAAAGACUAAUUGUUAAUCGCGUAGUUUAUAUGUUCAAAGAGUGUAAAUUGUAGAGAAAGAGAGAGCCUUUGCAAUUGCAGGGGGAGAGGGUCGUAUUUUUUACACGGGCUAAUACUUCCUGGGUUUGUAUAACCUAGAGCUGUAGCAAUUUUCAGCCCGCCUAAUUUUAUUCACUAUUGUUAGAAGAGAAAACAGUGCACUAGAGCAGAGAGCUAAUAAGGAAAAAAAUAAUAAUUAAUCAUUUGACGUGGAAUAUGAACUGUAGCCUUUGACAAGGGCGGUGAGA